AAGGUAGUCCCAUUCCUAUAUUCUCUUCUCUCUUUACUCGUAUUUCCAAAAUCCAAGUACACACCUUUCCUCUCUCUCUCUCUCUCUCUCUACAGCAACAACAAUGGCGUCUCUGUUCAGUAGAGACCGUACUUUAGGCUACUCUUCCCGUCGAGACUCCACCACCACAACCAGUAACAGCUGCCGGUUAUCCACCAGCUCCGCGGCCACGGCCGUGUUAUCACCACUUCCAUCACCAUUCCCUGACCUAACUCCCUCACUCUCCGCCACAGACCUCCGUGAAACUGCUUACGAGAUCUUCGUAGCUGCUUGUCGUACUUCCACUGGUAAAGCCUUAACCUACAUUCCUUCCAACUCCUCCGAUCGAUCUCCCUCACCCUCACCAUCACCGUCACCGUCUUCCAAUUCAUCAUCACCGUCUAUGCAAAGAUCUCUUACUUCUACUGCUGCUUCCAAAAUGAAGAAAGCUUUGGGCCUCAGAUCCAGCUCUAACUCCAGUUUGGGGACUAAUAAGCGGGCUGAGGGUAGUCCGGGCUCUGCUGGAAAGCCCAAAAAGCCCGUUACUAUAGGGGAGCUUAUGAGGGUUCAAAUGAAGGUUUCGGAAAAUGUUGAUUCUAGAAUUCGUAGAGCUCUUUUGAGAAUUGCUGCUGGCCAGGUUGGAAGAAGAAUUGAGUCAACAGUUCUCCCGCUGGAGCUCUUACAACAGUUCAAAGCUGCAGAUUUUACUGAUCAGAAAGAAUACGAUGCGUGGCAGAAAAGAAAUCUAAAAAUUCUCGAGGCGGGACUUCUUUUACAUCCACACAUGCCACUGGAUAAGUCGAAUACUGCUGCGCAAAGGCUGCGGCAAAUUAUUCAAGCUGCCUUAAACCGUCCAAUAGAAACAGGGAGAAACAAUGAGUCGAUGCAAGUUCUCCGAACAGCUGUAAUGGCUCUUGCUAAUAGGUCAUCUGAUGGAUCACUUUUUGAGUCAUGCCACUGGGCUGACGGUUUGCCUUUGAAUCUCAGACUCUAUGAGAUACUUCUGGAGGCUUGCUUUGACGUAAAUGAGGAAGCGUCUAUCAUAGAGGAAGUCGAUGAACUUAUGGACCUCAUAAAGAAAACUUGGGGAAUUCUCGGACUUAAUCAAAUGCUUCACAAUAUUUGCUUUUCAUGGGUUUUAUUUAACCGUUAUGUUGCGACUGGUCAAAUUGAGAAUGAUCUGUUAGAUGCUGCUGAUAGUCAGCUAGCUGAAGUCGCAAAAGAUGCAAAGACAACAAAAGAUCCUGCAUAUGCUAAGAUCCUGAAUUCUACAUUAACAGCAAUGUUGGGAUGGGCUGAGAAAAGGCUCCUUGCAUACCAUGACACUUUUGAUGCCGGGAAUAUUGAAUCAAUGCCAACCAUUGUAUCUAUAGGGGUGUCUGCAGCAAAAAUUCUUGUUGAAGAUAUUUCUAAUGAGUAUCGUCGGCGGCGUAAGAACGAAGUUGAUGUAGCUCGUAGUAGAAUUGACACUUACAUCAGGUCAUCACUUCGCACUGCAUUUGCUCAGUUAAUGGAGAAGGCGGAUUCAAGCAGGAGAGCAUCAAGACACCAACCAAAUCCUCUUCCUGUCCUUGCCAUCCUUGCAAAGGAUGUUGGUGAGCUGGCUUCUAAAGAGAAGGAAAUUUUUAGUCCUAUCUUAAAGAGAUGGCAUCCUUUUGCUGCAGGAGUGGCUGUUGCCACCCUGCACAUUUGCUAUGGGAAUGAGCUGAAACAAUUUGUUUCAAGUAUAACGGAAUUGACACCAGAUGCUGUACAAGUACUGAGAGCAGCAGAUAAAUUGGAGAAAGAUCUUGUACAGAUUGCUGUUGAAGAUUCAGUGGACAGUGAUGAUGGUGGAAAGGCCAUUAUCCGUGAGAUGCCACCAUUUGAAGCUGAAGGUGCAAUAGCCAACAUGGUGAAAGAUUGGAUCAAGACAAGAAUAGACAGACUCAAGGAAUGGGUUGACAGAAAUCUCCAACAAGAGGUCUGGAAUCCUCAAGCUAACGAAGGGGGAUUUGCCCCCUCUGCAGUUGAAGUCCUGAGGAUUAUUGAUGAAACUUUAGAUGCAUUCUUCCAGCUGCCAAUACCAAUGCAUCCAGCAUUGCUCCCCGACUUGAUGAGUGGCCUCGAUAGAUGUCUUCAGUAUUACGUAUCGAAGGCAAAAUCUGGCUGUGGAUCAAGGAACACAUAUGUUCCAACCAUGCCUGCACUAACCAGAUGUACAACUGCUACAAAGUGGGGGAAGAAGAAGGAUAAGACACAUAGUACAAAGAGGAACUCACAGGUUGCUACGAUGAACGGUGAUAACUCAUUUGGGGUGCUGCAGUUGUGUGUACGUAUAAAUACUUUCCAAAGAUUUCGGACAGAGUUAGAAGUUCUUGAGAAGAGAAUUAUUACCCUUCUGAGGAAUUCUGAAUCAGCUCAUGUAGAAGACUUUUCAAACGGGCUAGGAAAGAAGUUUGAAAUCACACCUGCUGCUUGUGUUGAGGGGAUCCAACAGGUCUCCGAGGCAGUCGGCUAUAGGAUUAUCUUUCAUGAUCUAAGUCCUGUUUUAUGGGAUGGACUGUAUAUCGGGGAGUUUAGAUUUCAUGUUGGUUUAGAUUUUAAUGGCAGAAGAGACGGAGGAGGGAGAGAGCUAGCAGCGGCUCCAUUUUUUCCGGUGAGCAAGGUUGGUCGUUUGAAAGGCCAAGGGUGGAAAAUGAGGUGGCGUGUGGAGGAGAUGAUGGCUGGAGAAGGAAGGGGAAGGAGAAGUGUGGGUGGCAAUGGUGGUGGCGACAGAUUUGGAUGA